AUGAGGUUUCCACUGUUGUCGGCGGCUUCUACCCUGGCCAUUGUUAUCACAAUCGCCCAUUGCGAUACUACCUUCACCUCCAAGACCAACGUCACCUUUACCAACGAAAAUCACUUCGAUGCCCGAGCCGACGACGACCCAUGGACACUCUCUGUCGCUCGCGGUGCCAAACUCCUCCAAGGCAUGAAGGCCAGCGACGCCGAAGCUGCCACUCUCUACAAUCUAGGCACCACUGCCGAAAGCCCAUUCGACGGCGAUCUAAUCGACAAACUACGCGAAUGGGGCUACAACGAUGCGACCGACGCUCUCGCCAAACAAGCAGACCCUGAAUGCAAUUUCGACAGCCAGAACGGGCAUAUGCUGAAGAAAGCCUUUGGCGAUCUAGGCAUUGGGACAAAGAGCAAGAGCCAAGGCGGCCCAAACCAAUGUUUCCUCAUCGAGCAUUUCGACAGUCCGGCUGUGAAGAAGGGUGACGAUGGCAAGAUGCCCGCCAAAGCCGACCAACGGUACGACGUCUGCGAAAAAGAAUACCGCGUCACGAAUGCGGAGCACACCCUUGGCGUCAACGCAGAAGCCGGUGCUGUAUACGCCAUCCAACUUUCUUCCGCCGCAAAAGCUGCACGCCGUCUAUGGAAACGCGCUCCCCUUGCCGAGGAACUCCCAGCUAUACGCAGCGUCUCCGACAUCGCAUGGGCGUUCUGGAAUCGCGUGCAUACUGAUGCGGAGAGUUUGCAGAAUAUCAAGUACCUGUUUGUCACAAUGAUCAUCAACAAAGAAACAAACCAGCAUGUCAAGCGUGCGCUGGGCACCCUGUCACCGCCGAAAGAGGAUGCGGAAGGCUGGCCAGGACAUGACUUCAGCCUGGAAACGGACGCGGGAAAAGCGCUGCUUGGAAGUCCUGUUGGAAGGUGGGCUGGUUACUUCCUUAUGCAGCAUAAGAGACAGUUGGGUGGUAACAAAUACAUCUCAAAGGUAAGAGUGUUCAAGUCGGAGAAAGAGGGUAGUUGGCCGUACUUUUUAUUCUAUGUCGAUGGCGCCACAGCGUCUGCUGCGAGCGACGAGGGGAUUAUGGAUCUGGCUGGGAAGCCCAGCGAGCCUCGAGUAGUACGAAAGAGUGAGGAUGGAAGACGUAUUGUUCGCGAGCAUGUUGUGAGAAUGAAGCUGUGA